AAUAACUGAAACCAUCACACACAGCAAGGAGGAUGGAAAAAAAUCUCUAAAGAACUACAGCUACUGGAGACGGGUCGUUGUGGAGUCUCCAAAACAUAUGCUUAAAUUUAGGUGCUUUUAAGCCUAACUGGGUGUCCGUGACUUGUGCAGGUCGUAAUCCUCCCAUCUAGUGGAGUGAGUGACAAUUUCCACGGUGGGUGUGGUUUAGCAGCUCAAACCCAGCUGGAGCUCCAGGCAGGUUUCUAUUUCUUAUUUUUUUUAUUUUUUAUAAUCAAAGCUCUUCCAAGGAAGGAGGAGGGAGACGCGUUAACCGAGGGGACUCUACCUGAGCUGAGAGAUGCGGUUAUUCCUGUCAGUCUCCGUGUUUUUAGCGUUGGGAUUAAAUCUUCCUGAAAGAGUGUCGCUUUCUGGACUUCCAGAGGACUUGGAGGGAUCAGCAUACGACCUGGAUGGUUCUGGUUCAGGAUUUGAUCCAGAUCAGGGGACCAACAACAAACCUGGCCCAGCUACUGUGUCAGACCCAGGAAAGGAAAACACAAAUACUGCCAAAAAGUCUUCGAAUCUGAACGUAGGCGGCUCAGACAGGCAUGUCACUGUAUCGGAAAUGGUUUUUAUCUCAAACAGCAAGAGUUUACUUGAAAACAAAGAAGUUGCUGCAGCUGCCACUGCGGGGGGAAUAACAGGAGCAACGAUUGGGAUUUUGCUAUCAGCGAUCCUGAUCUACAAAUGGAGGAAGAAACACAAAGAAGAAUGCAUUUUUAGCCAGAAAGGGGCUUCGGAUGAAGACUAUCACAAAUCCAGCAGGGAAGUGGUUUUUAUUUAACAGGUUGGUUUUAAAUCUAGAAAACACCACAGGGUGUCUUUUGCUUCCUUUCUUCCUGAUUGUGGAGAGCUGCUAUAAAUUAAUUUUUUCAAAGGAGUAAAGGAUCACGGUUUUUUGCACAGUGCCACCAGAAAGUAUUCACUCCCUAUUCACUUUUUCAGUAUUUUGCCAGGUUCUAUCACAUCCGUCCAUUGUCUAUAAGGGGAGGGGGAGUUGGUUCUGUCUCAAGCAGUGAUUGGCAGAGAGGUAGGGUACAUCCUGGGCAGGUCACCAGUCCAGAAGAGGGCAAAACAGAGACACACAGGACAAACAACCAUGCACGCACACACGUAGGGCAAUUUUAAAGUAGAACAUUUAAAUUCAAUGCAGAGAGAGCACAGGCUGGCAUUCAAAAACAGGUCUUUCUUGCUGCAAGUCCACUCUACCAUGUAGGCCUCAUUGUUCAAGCGCACUAGCUCUUCUGGUUGGUUCCCCUAAAUGCACAACAGAAUGCUUGGGCUUGGCCUUAGUGACCAUUGGGUUUUUGUUCACCUCUCUGACCAAGAUUCUUCCACCCUCAUUACCCAUUUUGACUGAGCAGACAAAUAUAGGAAGGGUCCUGGUGGUUCCAAACAUCCUCCAUUUCUGAAUAAUGGAGGCCAAAGUCCUUUUAAGGAUCUCCAAUGCUGCCAAGAUUUUUGUACGCUUCCCCAGAUUUGUGUCUCGACACUGUCUUAGAGGUCUACGGACCAUUCCUUUGACUUUGUUGAUUGGUUUCUGCUCUUGUAUGUGCUGUCAACUGUGAAGCCUCAUGGGCUAUGUGUUCCUUAUUUAAAAUGAUGUCCAAUCAACUAAAUAUCGCAAAGGUUGCCUCCAAUCAGGUUGUGGAAAUCAGAUGAGAUCAGUUUUAAUUGUCCUAGCAAAGGCUGUGUUUACCUAUGUACCUAUUAUGUUAAAAUCUUUCUAUUUUCUUUACACAAAUGCCUGAAAACAUGUUUUCACUUUGUUGUUAUGGGUUAUUUUGUCUAUAUUUGUUUAAAAAUUAAACAAAAUCAAAUCAAUUUUAAAAUCAGGCUGUAUUGUGACAUAAGUGAAAGAGAAGGGGUGUGGAUACUUCCUGGUGGCACUGUAAAUAUUGUUAAUCAUUUAUUGUUGACAUUUUAUUUUAAAACAUUUAUUUACCAUAAUGGAUUCAGUUUAUUCUAUAUUUAAUCAUUGGUUUGAAACGAGAUGCAAUGCACUUUUUAUCUCUUCAGUCAGUAGCGUUUUCCACUGUUUUUUUUCUGUAGCAUUUAAUAUAAAAGCAUGAACAAAAUACAAAUUUCUGUGGCAGCUUAGUCUGUGUUGUCAUUAUAAUUAAAUGUAAAUGCUAUUACCCUACUACAGUUUCUAGAUCUUGGUGUCAUUAAAGUCAGAACUGAUGGCUCUGUUUUUCAUACUAUUUCAUGUUUUUAUUUGUGUAUGGGGUGAUUUAGUUCUAUAGCGGCAGUGAGAAAUAUUCUGUCUUAGUUAGCUACAUAAUGCAAAAUAAGUUAAUAAACCUGGCAUUUAACUGGAUUUUUUUUUUUUUACAAUUUGUUUAGGGUAGUGUUUUAUAAUGCGUUACUUCAUGUCCGAUGAUUCUCCUUACUUGUAUGCAUGCUUUGAUUCAACAGUAAUUUAAGAUUUGGGGAAAAAGUAAUCAGAAAUCACAAAAUUUCUGCAAUAAUAGAACUGUAUACCUGUCAUAAAUAUUUUAUUUUUUUCCCAUAUUUGUACGUCCACCUGAUGGAAUGGGAACAGGUCAUGCCUUAACAUGCUUUAAUGCUGCUUCAUCACUUGAGUUGUGAACCUUUAAAGAUUGAAUGUGUGUUGUGGGCCCUGGCACACAGAAAUGCAGUCUUAUGGAAACCGAAGCUUGGACUGAACUAAAAAAAAAAGAGUAGUCAAUCUCUCCUGAGAAAACUGUUAGAAGACCUUCAAAAAUGUUGAAGAACUGUUUCUCAGGAGCACUUGUAAGAAUGUCUGGCUCCUUAGAAGCAAGAAGAUCAUGUGAUAUAAUUUAAUAUACUAUUUAUUAAUUAGAAUAUUAUUGAAAAGUUAAUUUAUUUUAGUCACUCGAUUCACUGAUAUUAUGUACAUUAACUACACAGAGACUGUUUUCAAGCUUUUAUUUCUGUGAAUUACGAUGGCUUUCUACUAACAGUUGAUGAAAAUACCACAUUUUAGAUUAGAAUAUUACAUCAGACUGAUAAAAAACUUUUUAAUACAGAAAUGUGGGGUUAUUGAAAGUUAUGUUUAAUACCUGCUUAAAGGUUAUUUUCAGAAGGUCCUUUUAAUCUGACAUAUUCUAAUUUAUUAAAUGACUACAUCUGCAUAUAUUUUUGUAUUUUAAAGUUCUUAAUAAAAGAGUUGUUCAAUAACUUUAA